UUCACUUUCCUUAGUUACAUUUACAAUCUCUUUCAUAGCUUUCCUCUUACUCCUUUCAGUUUCAGAUAAUCUCAUCCAUCUGUUCAUAAAUCCUGAUGGCUCUUGCAACCAGCAAAGGAGCCUCAUCUUCCUCCUCCUCUUUUACCGGCCAAUCCAAGAACUUUGAUGUCUUCUUGAGUUUUAGAGGUGAAGAUACUCGCCGGGGUUUUAUAAGCUAUUUGUACGACGCUUUGUGUCAGAGGGGUAUUCAUACCUUCAUCGAUGAUAAGCUCCCAAGGGGAGAAGAAAUUUCUGCAGAGCUUCUUAAAAUCAUUGAGAACUCAAUGAUGUCAAUAAUUGUAUUUUCUGAAAAUUAUGCAUCCUCCACUUGGUGUUUGGAUGAACUUACUAAGAUUAUUGAGUGUAGGAAAAAUAACCAGUUGGUGCGACCAGUUUUUUACAAUGUGGAUCCAUCAGAAGUUCGUAGGCAAAAAGGAAAGUUCGGGGAAGUAUUGACUAAUCAUGAAAAAAAAUUUAAUGAAAGCAAGGUACGAAGAUGGAGGGAAGCUCUACAUGAAGCAGCCAAUCUUUCUGGUUGGGACUACAAGAAGAGUUUUAGUGAAGCUGAACUUGUCCAAAUAAUUGUUGAAGAUAUCUUAAAGUCUAAUUUAAAUCAAAUGCCAUUACAUGUUGCUAAAUACCCAAUUGGAAUAAAUUCUCGUGUAAAGGACUUACAAUUGCUUUUAGAUAGAGAAUCAAAUGAUGUUUGCGUGAUUGGGAUUUAUGGACUUGGAGGAGUGGGUAAAACUACAACCGCAAAAGCUCUUUAUAAUAAAAUUUUUAAUCAUUUCAAAGUAAGAAUUUUUCUAGAGCAUGUUAGAGAGAUGUCAGAGACAAAUGAAGGCAUAAUCCGCCUCCAAGAGAAACUUCUUUUUGAGAUCUUAGGGGUUAAGGAUUUGAAGGUGUGUAACAUAUCUAAAGGAACGAAUAUGAUAAAUAAAAGCCUUUUUCAAAAAAAGGUUUUUAUAGUUCUUGAUGAUGUGGAUAAAUUGAACCUGAUAGAAAAAUUGCUCGGAAAUUAUGAUUUGUUUGCUCCUGGAAGUAGAAUUAUUAUAACAACAAGAGAUAAACACUUGCUAGCCACUUCUGGAAAAGGCUAUUCAACCUAUGAGGUUAAGGAGCUAGAUGACGAUGAAGCUCUUGUACUCUUUAGUAUGCAUGCCUUCCAAAAAAGCACUCCCAAAGAAGAUUAUUCAAAACUUGCAAACCACUUUAUAUAUUAUGCUCAAGGCCUUCCAUUAGCUUUAGAAAUAAUAGGUACUACUUUAUUUGGAAGAGCUAAACCUUACUGGGAAAGUGCAUUAGAAAAGUAUGAAAAAAUUCUUGACAAAAAUAUUCAAAAUGUACUCCAAAUAAGCUAUGAAGGAUUGGAGCAAGUUGAACAAAUUAUUUUCCUUGAUAUUACAUUUUUCUUCAAGGGACUUGACAGGGAAUAUGUUGAAGCUAUGCUGGAUUCUUGCAAUUUACACCCAAAUAUUGGUAUUCAAAGACUUAUCGAGAAGUGUCUUGUAACUAUUGAUCAAUUUGACAAAUUAUGGAUGCAUGACUUGAUACAACAAAUGGGUAGGGAAAUUGUUCGGCAAGAAUCACCACAAUUACUUGGAACACGUAGCAGGCUUUGGUGUUAUGAAGAUGCUUUUGAAGUUCUAACUAAAAAUAAGGGGUCAGAUAAAAUUCGAGGCAUAGUGUUACGCUCACUGGAACCAACAAAGUUGCAAUUAGAAGCUAAAUGUCUUGAAAAGAUGGAAAAUCUCAAAUUUCUUAUAAUUGAUAAUGUAGAAAUUUGUGGAAGUCUUGAUUAUCUUCCCAAUGAUUUAAGGUUACUUGAAUGGCGUGGAUGUACUUUAUCUUCCUUACCAUCCAAUUUCCAUCCUCAAAAACUUAUUGCACUCAACAUGCCACAAAGUCGGGUUAUAUUGGACAAGCUUUUCAAGGUAUAAUCAUUUUUAUUUAUUUAUAAAUUAAUAUUAGUUUAUUAAACUAUAUUUUAAUAAAAUUUGUUGGUGUUAAAAAUUUUUAUUUUCUUUUUCUA